AUGGAGGAACUUUCGGAAACACUUUUUUACGAUACCGAUGGCCAGGCUGAAGUGCUCAGUUGUGAGAACGACGAUUUAGUUGCCCGAUUCACCUUCCGGAUUUCACCCAAGAAGGGGCCAUAUUCACAUGCGGAGUUCACAUUCACUCUGGACUUUGCAGACGAUCGGCAGGGUUAUUUUCCACGUAUCACAACUCCGGAUCAUAUUUAUCAUCCCAACGUGGUCGCUGUAGAUGGCGAGGUUGAAAUUUGUGUCAACCUUCUGGAUAACUGGACCAUCCAUAUGGGAAUUCGAGCCAUCGUAUACAGUUUUCUGUUCCUGUUUUGUGAGCCCAACUAUGAUGAUGUACUGGACGACGAGUUUGUUGUACCGGAAAAGAUGACUGUGGAAGAGGCCAUCCGUUCAGCUUUGAGUGGCGGUUGCAUUUUUGGCGUGCAACACGAACCGAACAGAGCUUGGUUGGAUUGGUGGGAGCAUGAGCAUACCUGUGCAGACGGCAAAGAAGAACCAACGAAGAAGGCGACCGAUGAUCAAUUGUGUAACACUGGUUCACGUAGAUCCUCGGCGAAAUCUAACUACCAACAGUAUGUGUCGUCGGACUUGUUUACUGCGAGAAAACCAAAACGAGGUCCUACCCACACAGUACGCCUGUCAGAAAUCGCGAUUAUUCAGUUCAGUAUUCAGUAUAGGGACGGUGGAGUCAACUUUCGUUAUUUUCUCGCAGAAAAUUGCGUCGUAGAAGAAACGGAACGGUGGGAAGAAAUGAAUGAUGCUUGGUUAAAUCAGGAGACUGAACAUGACAGGUAUGAGUUUCACCAAGAAGCGCAUUUGUUUCCGUGGGAGGUGGAAAUAUCUGAACCACAGCGAAGUUCACUUGUAGAAAACGAGUCUGUUGGGCAGCACAACACCCUUGCCAGUCCUAAUUGCAUCGUUAAAACUAAUGACCACUCGGAAAUUCACACACUUUACAGCAAAGACUCUCAGCUGUUGAAGACACUCAGCCCAAAAUACUGGUUUUUCUACCAAACACGGUGGCCGUUUUAUCUUAGCCCAGGCAGUCGUUUGUUCAGCAGUUUGCUCUACGUAGAUUGGCCAUCCACGUGCAGCUACGCCUCGGCGGGUCAGCUGUUCAAGGAUGUUUCCCGUCUGUUGGAAAACCACAGGUGGAGCGAAUUUAGUCAGCUGUUACUUUUUGAUCCUCUGGCGCUUUCACCCACUUCGCCCAUCAUCAACCGGCUUGUUUUUAAACCCUGCGUGAAAAACGCAACGAUCGGAGGUUUAUCUGUUGACUGUGCAGACUGGAUUUCACCCCUGCAAACAGUAACCCUAGAUCUCGAUCAGUGGGGUCUUCGCCACCGCAUCCCAGGACAAACAAGCCUUUGUUUUAUCGCAUUUGUCCACAACUGGGUUGCCUAUUUGUCUCGGUUGGAAUUGCAUCACUCAUGCUUUGGUUACUCUAGACCGGGUACAACAGCGUUUUCUUUGGCACGAAGAUUAACGGAUCCUUUUGCUCUAACUGGUAUUACACCGGCUCUUCUAACUUUUGGUCAAACCCCUCUUUUGGAUGCAUGGCCUUUGUGGUUAACGAAAUCCUUACUUCGGCUUGCAUUGCAUGCAACUACGAAGCUUUUACAACUGUUAAACCCCUAUUAUUUUCAAUGCACCACUUCAGCUGUGGCUGAUAGAAAAGGGAAAACGGGACCGGAAUUGGUAUCUUACAUUGCUUUCACAGAUGUAGAAGAUUUAUAACAAUGCGAUGAAGUCUUUCAUACCUUUCUAGAAGUAGCUUUACCUCCGUGUUUUCUAUUUUUCCUACAAAGGUUCUCGAAUCCAUUUAAAAAAAUUUUUUUUGUCAUUCUGCUCUGUUUGCUGGGAGGUACUGAUGCUUUUUGUCAGUCCCCUUGUCAUACUGUAUUUUUCAACUGCUAUCUUGUGAUCCUAGAUUGUUCAUUUGCAUGCAGAUCAUAAGCAACCAUUCACCUGAAACUGUACUACUUUCUUCUCGGAGAGGUUUGGUAAACGAUGACUAUCCAAUCGGUC